AUGAGUUGGUUCACAUGGAUAGCCUUGGUGGUGGCCUUGCAGGUUGUUCACCAGGUACAUGCAAGAGCUGUGUUUGCACAUUUCAUGGUAACAAACUCGGAGAACUACACGCUUACAGACUGGGAAAAAGAUAUGAAGCUGGCUCAAAGUGCACACAUUGACACCUUUGCCCUGAACAUGGCAUACCUCGACAAAGCCAAUGAUGCUUCCGUGGCAAUGGCCUUUACUGCUGCUAACACCGUCGGCUUCAAGCUUCUCUUUUCCUUUGACUAUGCUGGCAACGGGGCGUGGGACCAGGCGGCUGUGAUCAAAAUGAUUCAGCAGUACGGGUCAAAUGGAGCAUACUUCUUAUGUCUAAUAAAUCUUAUUUAA